AAGUCCCCUAAAAGAGCCAAAGAGCAGAAGAAAAUGGUCAGAUCAGAACGUCGUAUUUUCUCAAGAAUUAUCAAUAGUUUGACAAAGUACAGAUGCAAAAGACACUCGUCAACCGAAUCAACUGAAUCAUGGGACCUUGUCCCACGGAAAGAAGUGAAAAGGUUUAUAAUUGAAUGCAUGUCAUCAGUUAAAACACGCCAAGAUCAUGCAGAAAAAUUGGCAGACAAUUUAUCUACAGCAGACUACAGAGGACAUUACAGUCAUGGAUUGAACAGACUCGAUAUGUAUGUAAGAGAUAUAGAUUCUGGUAUAACAGAGAGAGAUGGAGACCCCAUCACUAUAAAGGAGAGCCAAGCUACAGCUUUGGUAGAUGGUCAGAAUGUGCUUGGACCAGUUGUUGGUGACUACAGCAUGGAGAUAGCUAUACAGAAAGCCAAACAAACAGGAGUUGGUUGGGUAGCUGCAAAAAGUUCAAAUCAUUAUGGAAUUGCUGGGUGGUAUGCCAUGAAAGCAGUAGACCAAGGCCUUCUUGGUUUAUCCUUCACCAACACUUCUCCACUUCAAGUUCCCACCAGAGCAAGAAAGCCUACACUGGGAACAAAUCCUUUAAGUUUGGCUGUACCUGCUAAAGACAAGGAUAGUUUUGUGCUAGAUAUGGCCACAACUACUGUAGCUCUUGGUAAAAUUGAGUUACAUGACAGGAAACAGAUCUCAAUACCGGAUGGUUGGGGCGUUGACAGUGAAGGAAAGAUGUGUAAUGUUGCUAAACCAGUUAUAGAAACUGGUGGACUGAUGCCUUUAGGAGGAUCAGAAAUGACAGGUGGAUAUAAAGGUUAUGGAUUAGCCAUGAUGGUGGAAAUAUUUUGUGGGAUAUUGGCAGGAUCUGAUUAUGGCCCAAACAUUAGAAGAUGGAAAAGUACAGAAAGAGUUGCCAAUCUGGGUCAGUGUUUCAUUGCUGUCGACCCAGACUGUUUUGCUCCAGGAUUUGUAGACAGAAUGUCAGAUUUAAUGAAUACUUGUAGAAAUCUGACACCAGCAGAAGGGGAAGAUGAUACAGUAUUAGUGGCUGGAGAUCCAGAAAGGAGACAUAUGAACAUGUGUGACCAGAGAGGAGGAAUACCUUAUCACCCCAAUCAAAUCAAAUUUGGGAUUGAACUUGCUAAAUCUUUGAAAGUUGAACCAAUGAAAACUUUAACAGGAUGAAUGGACUGAUUAAACUAUGGAAAUGAAGAAUAAAAAUGACAACUUUAUGAUCAAUAAUAGUUUGUGCAAUUGAUUUUCUGUGAUAAUGUGGACAUAAGAUAAUUGUUAAAAAAAAAGGAUAAAUGUAAUUAAACAUCUAAAUUUUUACUUUUUAUGUAAGAUUUUAAUCUAAAUGGUGUUUUGCAGGAUAUUGUAUUUGUUUUACCUAAAAGAAAUACUUCCAUAAAUGUAUUUAUAUUACACACAACCUGACAUUGGGAAUCCUGAUCUGAAACCGCGGAGGGAUCUGAAUCAGGAGGAGCAAUAAAUGAAAAGUUUGUAACAGUGGGUAAGUAAAAUCUGGAUCGAUUCCCAUGGAGGAAUUAUGCUCCAUAGGAACUGGAUCCAGAAUUUGCCUACCCACGGUUACAAACUUCAUUAAUUGCUCCUUGGGAUUGGUAUACCCUGUGUGUAAUACUAAAGGGAUGAAUUAGCUGAUUUUUCAUCUGAAAACAUAUUGCUCAAACUGAAAGAUAUUUAGUUUAGAUUGUACAAGUUGUUCUCACAAAUGAUUUUAUUAUACGUCCGUUUACGGAACGUAUUAUGGUAUAUGGUUGUCCGUCCGUCGUCAAUAUGUCGGACAAUUACUCAGAAACGCUGUAACCAAUUUGCAUGAAACUUUGGUGAAUUGUUUAUAUCUAUUGACGUGAGCUCUUUUUAGAUUUUUAUAAAUUUUAGGUCUUACGUUUCUGAAUUAUGGAGUGUUAUUCAUUAAAAAAGUGGGAUCUUCCAGGUUUCGGACAAUAACUCUAAAAAGGCUUUGAGUAGUUCUCAUGAAACUUUGGUGAAUUGUUUAUAUCUAUUGAUAUGAAGUCCCUUUCGAUUUUUAAAAAUUUUAAAUUUAACAUUUCCGAGUUAUGGGGUUUUUAUUCAUUUAAAAAGAGAGAUUUUCCAGUUUUUGGACAAUAACUCAAAAGUGCUUUGAGCAGUUUUUAUGAAACUUUGAUGAAUUACUUAUAAUCAUGUGAGCUCUUUUUCGAUUUAUAUAAAUUUUAGAUUUUACAUUUCCGAGUUAUGGGAUUUUAUUUAUGAAAAAGGGGAGAUUUUCCAGUUUUCGGACAAUAACUCAAAAGUGCUUUGAGCAGUUUUCAUGAAACUUUGGUGACUGGUUUAUAUCUAUUAAAAUAACCUCCCAUUAUUUUUUUUUAAAUUUCUGAUAUAACAUUGAGGUGUUAUGGAACAUUAUUCUUUUAAAAAGCGACGGGCGUAUCAUGCGGUCAUGGCACAGCUCAUUAUUUCCUCUGCCAGGCAUAAACUUCCUUCUUGAUUCUUCAUUUUAACCUUUUUUUUCACACUUUUGGGAAAUAAGAAUAGGGGGGCAUCAUAUAUAAACUACUGUUAUCUAAAUAUCCUAUGGAUAAGAUCAAGAACACUUUAAACAAGUGAAAAAAGUUAAAAUGUUAAAGAAUAUUAACUAAUAAAAAAAUAGAAAAAUGGGGUCCAUUCCACAAGCCAGACACAGAUUUAUGUCUUGCCGGUUUGAAAUUUCGUUAGAUAAUGAAGUAUAAUGAAAUGUUGAUAAUGAAGUAUAAUGAAAUGUUGAAAUUUGAAUGGCAACAUAUUGACAUAUAAACUAUGCAAAAUUUCAUUCAGGGGACUAUGCCUGAGGUGCAUGGCCAAAUAAUCUCCAUGGACAUGAGACAUGCAAAUGCUUAUACAACUGCCUACUAAAUAUCCUUGACUUGCAAUUAGUGAUCCCCUUAAACUAGCUUAAUUACAAAUUUCAGCCUGAAAACUAUGGAAAAGCUAAAAAGUCAAUGGACCAUGUCUGAGGGGACAGUUUCAAAUUAUCUCCAUGGAGAUAAGAUUUGUGAAUCCGACAAAAUAUUGACUAACCAUUAGUGGUACUUUAUGUAGAAUAUGGAAAAGUUAAUGGACCCAUCACUGAGGGGGUGGAAAUAAGAUGUGCCAAUGCUGAUACAACUGCCUAUGAAUUAUCAUUGACCUACAAAUAGUGGUUCCCCUUAAAAUGAUAUAAUAUUAUCAUUAUUAAACUUGUAUUUAUUUGUUUUAGCGGACCCCGGAAGUUGGAAGAUGCACAAUUUAUGCGCAUGACCGAUAACCCCAAUUUACGUUGCUAUGCUAGAAUAUAAACAGCGGCCAUUUUUGUUAACGCUUCAAAAGACGAAGAUGCAAAUGAUUUUUAAAGAUUGCUUUUAACUGGUGUAACUUAACAAUUGUAUAUUUUGCCAGAAACAGCAUGCCUAAGUCUUGUAUCAAAAACUACAGAGCGAGACAAGUAAAUUUUAAUUUACUAUAUACAAGAAAGUCAUGUUUUCAUUGACAGAAAUGAAAAUAUAUGCAUAUUGAUAAUGAAGUAAAAUUAAUUUAAUGAUUUUAAUACAUACGAUUUUGGUUUCAUUUACAUUGUAAAUGUUACAUGUUAUUGUUUUCUGAAUACUUUUUGAUAUUUAUAUACAAAAAAUCCUUUUAUUUUCAUAUGCAUUUUGCAAGGUAUAAAACUUGAAAUAAAUGAUUAUGUAAAAAGAC